CAAUCAUAAGGAAAGUUGUGACGGCGAGCUAGGUAGCGAUUGAUUAUAUCACCCACCACUCUGCAGCCAAGGUCACGAUUGAGAUUCAAGAAGAAAUUCGUAGCAAUGGAUGAUAUUUUGUUCAAUGCUGCAAUUUCUGCGAAUGACAGAUUCUUUGAUGAAAAUAGAGAUGAAAUUUUAAACCUCGAGCAGGGGACAAAGGGGAGGAACAGUACUAUUCUUCAUGUGGCAGCAAAAUUUGGAAAUGUACAGAUCAUGAAAAGGGUCCUCGAUCUGAAGCCAUCACUUUUGUAUAAAACAAAUUGCGAAGGCAACACUGCACUACAUAUUGCAGCAAGCUUAGGGCAUUCGGACAUGACAAAGCUGCUAAUAAUGUUUGCAAACAGUCAAGAAGUUGAAAUGAGAAUGGAGCUACUGAGGAAGCAAAAUCAUGAGAAGAGUACAGCACUGCAUGAGGCUAUAAAAUAUAAUCAUUACGCCAUUGUGGAGUUGCUAAUUCGGGAAGAUCUAGGGUUGACUUUGUUUACAAAUAUUUAUGGGGAAUCCCCUCUCUUCCUAGCAGUGGAUCGACGUUUCUGCCAAAUUGCUCUUCACAUCAUAAAAACCGUUGCAGAUUGCGGAUAUGGGGGAAGGAAAGGGAAGAAUGUCUUGCAUUCUGCAGUCACUAAUCUCGCAAAAAGUGAUUUUGUGCACAAGAUGUUGGAAAAAUUUCCACAUGCAAUUCUGGAAACGGAUGACUCUGGCAGAAUUCCUCUUCAUUAUGCUGCACAUAUUGGCAAUGUAGACGUUGUCGAACUAUUUUUGCAAAAGAAUGACUCCGUUGCAUACAAAACUGACAAAGAAGGCAUGUCUGCUCUUCACAGUUCGGCUAAGAAAGGAAAUGGAGGCGUAAUGAGAGCAAUCAUUAAAAGAUGUCCAUAUGCUUGUGAAUUGUUGGACAAGAAAAGUAGGACGGCUCUUCAUCUUGCCGUGGAAAGCGGAAGCAUAAUUGCGGUGAAUAUAUUACUCAAGGAAUUAGCUUUUGGGGAUCUCAUAAAUGAGAAAGAUAAAGAUGGAAACACGGCUUUUCAUCUAGCUACAAUCAAUAGGCAUUAUACAAUAUUAGCGAUGCUUGCACAUGACAGGAGAGUGGACAAGUUGGCUAUGAACGAGGAAGGGAUGAUGACUGCUGACAUUGUUCAAUUAGAUAACCAGCUUUUGCGGUUAGAAAAGGUACUAAUUAUGAGAAUCUGCAAUUUGAAACAAGUGGAUGGCGUCCAGACUUCGAAAGAAGAGCGGAUUAUCAAGAUCGAAGGCGCAUCAGAUGACCAGAACAUUUCCAAAGGAAAGGAGGCAGAAGGCGCAUCAGAUGACCAGGAUAUUUCGAAAUUCAGUUUAACGUCAAUAACGAUCAUUACAACUGUCACAUUUGCAGCAGCUUUGCAAGUGCCAGGCGGAUACAACGGCCAAACGGGCACGGCAAUUUUACAAAAGAACAUAUUCUUUAAAAUUUUUCUGGCGUUUGAUUCAAUCUCCUUUAUUGCCUCAGCUGCAGUAAUGAUGAUCCACUUUAUGAAUUCAAUGUCGAAGACAUCUCCUAACAAGAAGCCCAAAAAAAUGAGCGGACCAAUUAACCGCUCUCUAGGGCCUUUAACUUAUUGUUGCAUUUACUUUAUGUUCUUUGCCUAUGUGAUGAGCAUGGCAGCAAUCAUGACCGGACUCGAAGUUUAAGGGCCGUCAACUGCCCUCCCCUAAAAAGUUGAAUGUCAAAGUUGAUUUAUUCAUACAUUAUGAAAAUUUGUAUACAAACAAUAGAAUUUGGAAAUAA